GUUAUCGCGUUGCUCCACCCGAAAUUUUCUUCGGUGGGUAGGUGCAUCCUUGAAGAAGUGGGAGACAAUUCAGUACCUCGAAGCUCAAGGAAGGGAAACCCUCGAAUUUUGCAAUUGCGUCUCCUCGAGCUGUCCGACGCCAUCAUGAGCUCACUGAAGCGCAAAGGCGGCCCCGGGGGCCCUUCUGCCCCCAAAUCGAGCAAGACCAGCUCCGAACCCCGACCGUCGAAGCGCACCAAGUCUGAGAAGCCGGCGAAGCAGGAGAGGAAGCCCACCUCCACGGAAGAGAAGGCUCCCACCUCGAAAGCCGAAGAUGCGCCUGUGAUUUCUCGGUUGAAGGAAGAGGAGCCACUGUUCCCCAGAGGAGGCGGGAGCGUUCUGUCCCCUCUCGAGCACAAGCAAAUCCAAAUCCAGGCCAAGAAAGACGUUCUUUUCGAGCAAGAGGCUGCGGUGUCGGCCAAGCAGGGAGAAAAGAUAGCCAGGAGAAAGAGCCGGAAAUCUACAGAGAAAGGGCCCGAUCUCCCAGUUCGGGAUGAAGAUGCCGUAAAGAUCGAGAGCUUGAAUUACAAGCGUUUGGUGAAGGGUUCCCUUGUCCUUGGCCAGGUUUGCGCCAUCAAUGAUCUCGACAUCGCAUUAGCGCUACCCAACAACAUCGUCGGCCACGUUUCCUUGGCUGCCGUAUCCGAGACUCUCACUGCCCGCAUCCAGGCCCAGGCUUCCCAGGAGAACGAGGACGGCGCCGACAGUGAUGGCGAGAAGGAUGACAGUGGCCUAGAUCCAAAUUCUCUCUUCGAGCUGGGUCAAUAUCUUCGAGCCUACGUUGUGUCUACGCUCGACGACGCCUUGCCAGCAAUAUCAGGCAAGGCCAGACGCCGCAUUGAGCUCUCAUUGCAACCAGAGCACGCCAACUCCGGGCUGUCAGAUCAGAAUGUCGUCCCCAAUUGCACCGUCAUGGCCUCAGUUGCGAGCGUUGAAGACCACGGGUUCGUCAUGGAUUUGGGUAUUGCGGACUCGAGCAUCCGAGGAUUUCUGCCGAGGAAACAGCUGGACGGCAGCAUACCUGAAGAAAGGAUGCAACCUGGUGCUGUUGUGCUUUGUCUUGUCACCGGUAGAGCUUCGAACGGCAAGAUUGCUCAGCUCACCACGCUCAAGAAGGAGCUCAGCAGCACCAAGAAAUGGCCUGCCGAGGCUUCUACGAUCGACGCGUUCCUUCCGGGCACAGUCGUCGACGUCUUGGUCUCAGAAGUUAGCCAGCGUGGAAUUGUGGGCAAGGUCAUAGGCCACCUGGACGUCACGGCCGACAUCGUCCACUCUGGUGCUGGGCCCGAUGGCACCGAGCUCGAGGCGAAGUACAAAGUGACCUCGAGACUAAAGGCCCGAGUCAUAUGCACCUUCCCAACGGCGAAGAACCCCAAGUUAGGCAUCUCGAUUCUUCCCCAUGUCCUUUCAAUGACAUCAAAGACCACGGAGAAGGAUGGAAAGGCCGUGCUGCCUUCUGCAGUCCUGCCAAGCUCGUCCCUUGUUGAAACUUGCACCGUUCGCAAGGUUGAGCCUGACAUCGGACUCUUCGUGGACGUCGGCGUUGAAGGAGUUCCGGCCUUCGUCCACAUCUCCCGGGUGAAGGAUGGGAAGAUUGAUGCGUUAUUCGAGAACAGCGGCCCCUACAAGCUCGGCUCGACACACCCCGGAAGAGUUGUUGGGUACAACGCCUUCGAUGGCACGUUUAUGAUCUCCCUGGAGAAAUCGGUCCUCGAACAGCCCUUCCUGCGGAUCGAAGACGUCCCAGUCGGAGAGGUCGUCUCCGGUGUUAUUGAGCGGAUUGUCGUCAACAAAGAAGGGUUGGGCGGCGUUACUGUCAAGAUCGCCGAAGGCAUAUCCGGGCUUGUGCCUGAAAUGCAUCUCGCAGAUGUCCACCUGCAACACCCAGAGAAGAAGUUCCGAGAAGGAAUGAAGGUGAAGGCCCGAGUCCUAUCGACAGAUCCCAGCAAACAUCAACUACGUCUUACGCUGAAGAAGACCCUUGUCAACUCGGAAGCAAUCGCGAUCAAGUCCUUCGAUGAGCUGUCUGUCGGCCUACAAGCUCCGGGCACCAUCAUUAGAGUGCUGGAGAAGGGAGCGAUUGUCCAAUUCUAUGGGCGCCUUCGGGGCUUCUUGCCCGUCUCGGAGAUGAGUGAGGCAUACAUCCACGAUCCUAAGGACCAUUUCCGUGUUGGGCAAGUUGUCAGUGUUCAUGUCCUGAAUUUUGACCCUGAUCAAAGACGCUUGAUCGUUUCCUGCAAGGAUCCCAACGCAUUCGGGCUUGAGAAGCAAAUGGCACUCAAGAAUCUCAAGCUAGGAGACAUUGUCUCGGCAAAGGUUACGCAGAAGACCGAAGACGACGUCUUCGUCGAGCUAUCCGACAACUCCCUGAUGGCCAUGCUAGCCGUCGGUCACCUGACAGAUAAAUCCAUGAACAAGAACCGAUCAGCGUGGAAGAAAAUCCACGUUGGGCAGACACUGAAUGAGCUGGUCGUCAUAUACAAGAAUGAGGGCAGGCGCUCCAUUACGCUAUCUCAGAAGCCAAGCCUGGUCAGCGCCGCCCGAGAGGGGAAACUCCUGUGCAGCAUCGAAGACGCCAAGGUCGGCAACGAGGCCAGCGGGUUUGUCCGCAAUAUCACCCCGACUGCUGCCUUUGUGCAGUUCGCUGGAGGUUUAAGCGCCCUGUUGCCGCGGUCCUUGAUGCCGCGCCUCUCCCAAGGAAAAGAGGACUUCGGUCUUUACAGGUUCCAGUCUGUCAAAGUCAAGAUCUCCUCAGUCGACGGGGAGCAUGGCCGACUCGUCGUCUCUAUCCCCUCGCCAGAAGACGAGGAGGCUAAGAAGGCAACCAAGCCGAAGGAGAGCGCGGCGCUGGUGGCCAAUCCUUUGGACGAGUCCAUCGUGUCGAUAGAAGACAUUACAGUUGGGAAAAUCACCAAGGCCAGGGUUGUGGCUGUCAAGGAGACCCAGUUGAAUGUCAAGCUCGCAGACAAUAUCCAGGGACGGAUCGACGUGUCCCAGAUAUUCGACGCAUGGAACGAGAUGACCGAACCAAAGGCGCCAUUGCAGCAGUUCCACACCAAACAAAUUGUGCGAGUCCGAGUUCUCGGCGUUCACGAUGCUCGUAACCACCGCUUCCUACCAAUCAGCCAUCGGUCAUCAACCCAUUCCGUCCUCGAGCUGUCGGCCAGACCAAGCGAUUUGAAAGAUGGCGAGCUUCCUCAGCCCUUGUCAUUUGACAAGCUCGAAGUCGGGUCCUACCACCUGGGCUUUGUGAAUAAUGUCGGAAACAACUGUCUGUGGGUGAACCUCUCGCCGAACGUCCGUGGGCGGAUCAGUUCCGUCGAGGCUUCCGACGACCUCUCCCAGCUGCAGGACCUCCAGGGCAGCUUCCCGAUCGGUUCGGCGCUCCGCGUCCGAGUGGUCGCGGUCGAUGCGGAAAACAGGCGCCUCGACCUCUCGGCCCGGUCUCCCGGCUCUGCCAACAGCCUCAGCUGGGAAAACCUCGAGCAGAACACUGUCUUGACUGGUAGAGUCACCAAGAUCAAUGACCGGCAGCUGAUGGUCAAGCUGAGCGACUCCUUGGCUGGGCCGAUCCACCUGGUCGAUCUCGCAGACGAUUACGACGAGGCGAAUCCGUUGAAGUACACAAAGAACGAGAUGGUGCGGGUAUCGGUUGUCGAGGUAGACAAGCCCAACAAGCGCAUGCGGCUCUCGACGCGACCGUCGCGGGUGCUGAACUCGUCGCUUCCAGUAAAGGAUCGCGAGAUCACGAAGGCCUCCAAGCUCGAGGUUGGAGACAUCGUCCGAGGAUUCGUGAAGAACGUCUCCGACAAAGGCGUGUUCGUCAAUCUCGGUGGCGAUAUUACCGGCUUCGUCAUGAUCAGGGACCUCUCAGACAGAUUCUUGAAAGAAUGGAAGAACGAGUUCCAAGUCGACCAAGUCGUCAAGGGCCGGAUAACCUCGAUGACCGACGGCCGCAUAGGGCUCAGUCUGAAGGCUUCGGUGGUCGAGAAGGAUUUCAAGCCCCUCCUCACCAUCGCAGACCUCAAGGAAGGACAGGUCGUUGCCGGCAAGGUCCGAAAGGUCGAGGAGUACGGCGCGUUCAUCGACAUCGACGGGUCCGCCAAUGUUGCCGGUCUCUGCCACAGGAGCGAGAUGGCCGAGAACGCGGUCCCGGAUGCGAGAAAGCUCUACAACGCUGGCGACGUGGUAAAAGCGCGCGUCCUGAAGGUGGAUGUCAAGAACAAGAAGAUCAACCUGGGUCUGAAGCCCUCGUACUUCGAGGAUGAUGACGACGAUAGCGACAUGGGUGUCGAUAACGAGGACGCCGGGGCAGCUCUGGAAUCGGACGAAGACAGCAGCGAAGAUGAAGUUAUGGGUGGAACCGGAGGCGCCAUCGUGAUCACAGGUACCGACAACGACGAGUUCGCAUCCGACGACAGCGACGCCGAUAGUGAUGUCGACAUGGCCGAUGCGCCCCCAAAGGGCCUGUCCGGACUUAGUGCCGGCGGGUUUGAUUGGUCUGCCGCCGCCUUGGAUGCGGAGGAUGGCGAGGCUGGUGGCGCUGCUGCUGUCGACGAGGGAGUUUCGACGAAGAGGAGAAAGCGUCGGACGUCUCAGAUUCAAGAAGACAAGACGGCGCAACUGGAUGCCCACGGCCCGCAGACGGCCAGCGAUUACGAGAGGCUCCUCCUCGGCCAGCCGGACAACUGGCAGCUCUGGAUUGCCUACAUGGCCUUCCAGAUGCAGGUCAGCGAACUCGCCAAGGCCAGAGAGGUGGCGGAGCGGGCGCUCAAGAUGAUCAAUAUCCGCGAGGAGGCCGCCAAGCUGAACGUCUGGAUCGCCUACCUCAACCUCGAGGUCGCCUACGGAACCGAGGAGACGGUCGAUCAGGUGUUCAAGCGCGCCUGCACGUACAACGACGAGCAGGUCGUGCGCGAGAGGCUUGCCAGCAUCUACAUCCGGGCCGGAAAGCAUAAUAAAGCCGAAGCACUCUUCGAGACCAUCGCCAAGAAGUUCGGCUCCAAGAGCCCCGGGGUGUGGGAGAACUACGCCGACUUCCUGCACAAGACGGCGGGGGCGCCGGAGCGGGCGCGCGCGCUCCUGAAGCGGGCGACGCAGGCGCUCGACAACCGGCACUACCUGCCGCUGAUGGUCAAGUUCGCGGCGCUCGAGUUCCACUCGCCCAACGGCGACGCCGAGCAGGGGCGCACGCUGUUCGAGGGUCUGCUGGCCGGGUAUCCCAAGAGGUUCGACCUCUGGAACCAGCUGGUCGACCUCGAGGCGUCGGCGCACGCCGCCGCCAAGGCGGGCGGCGCGGCCGCGGACCCGGCCGUUGUGCGCGACGUGUUUGAGCGCGGCGCAAAGGUCAAGGGCCUCAAGGCCGAUAAGGCGAAGAGGUGGUUCAAGCGGUGGGCGCAGUGGGAGGAGCAGAACGGGGAUGCCAAGAGCAGGGAGCGCGUCUCAGCCAGGGCGCAGCUGUGGGCCAAGGAGGCGGAGGCGAGGAAGAAGAGCAGGGAUGAGGCUGAGGCUGCUGAGGAGUGAGUGACCUAGGGCGAAGAAGGGCCAUGUCAUGGGACUGGCGCUGCCCGCCUGUUCGUGAUACCCAUACUCCCCGUGGGCUGUCCAUGUAAGCAGAGGUGCGAGAUUCACGAAGGCGAAGAGAGAGACCAGAUGGCUUCCCAUGCUAUGGGGUAAAAUAGAGAAAGAUGCUGCUUGGAACAUACGACCGACUACUAUAUUUUUAGUAUUCAUUUUCUUUUGCCAGAGCUGACUGGACUUUACUUUUGUCCUUGUUGGCACCUUGGUCCAAAACCUACCUUGAUGUUGCGCAACGUAGUAG